GGCAUCAGUCCAGUUUGUUUUCAACCUACUCGACGAUUACUACAAUCACCAUGAAAGUGUUGGCAGGCCUUCUGGUAGUGAGUGUGUUGGCAGCAGUGGCCACGGCGACCACGCCCACGUGUCCCGAGGACAACGGCGCCACGCCCGUCUACUUUCCAGACGACACGGACACCCACGGCUACUGGGAGUGCAGCAACGGCAAAGCCGUCCACAUGGUGUGCCCCGACGGACUCGUCUGGAACUCCAAUAUCAACGCCUGCGACUGGCCGGCCUCCAGGAAAUAGAUGUGCACUUGUCCCAUCGAAAGACAAUAGACCUGACCCAUUCACCCCCUCGCUACAACAAGACUUUUUCUCUAAAAUUGACGUUUCGUCCUAGAUCUUCUGUUUAUGGUAAACGUCCCUGUAAAAUUUUAUGUUACAUUAAUUCAACUAAAAUAAACUUACAUAAGUAAAUAA